UGGUCUUUGGUGUUGUUUUCAUUAUCAAUUCUACAUCAAUUACCACAUUUUAAUAAGAAAGCUAAGUUUAAAAGUGUUAAAUGUGUGCUUCAUACUUCAUAAAGUGAAUUAAGCUAUUUAUAAUCAUGACGACAAAUCCGAGAAAAGGCACCGACCCGGGGCCCUUGGAAGAAAGUGAUCAGCUUACAAUUCGACCAUUGGGAGCCGGCCAGGAAGUCGGAAGAUCAUGUAUUAUGCUGGAAUUCAAAGGAAAGAAAAUUAUGUUGGACUGUGGUAUCCACCCGGGGCUGUCGGGCAUGGACGCCCUGCCGUUUGUGGACCUGAUAGAGGCAGAUGAAGUUGACCUUCUUCUGAUUUCACAUUUCCACCUGGACCACAGUGGAGCCCUGCCCUGGUUCCUCACUAAGACGUCGUUCAAAGGCCGAGUGUUCAUGACGCACGCCACCAAGGCCAUCUACCGCUGGCUGGUCUCGGACUACAUCAAAGUCAGCAACAUAUCAACAGAGCAGAUGCUGUACACCGAGUCGGACCUGGAGGGCUCCAUGGACCGCAUCGAGACGGUGAACUUCCACGAGGAGAAGGACGUGCGGGGCGUGCGCUUCUGGGCGUACAACGCCGGCCACGUGCUGGGCGCCGCCAUGUUCAUGAUCGAGAUCGCGGGCGUCAAGGUGUUGUACACGGGAGACUUCUCGCGGCAGGAGGACAGGCAUCUGAUGGCAGCCGAGAUUCCCACCGUGCAUCCAGAUGUACUCAUCACUGAGUCCACGUACGGCACCCACAUCCACGAGAAGCGCGAGGAGCGCGAGAGCCGCUUCACCGGGCUCGUGCAGGACAUCGUGACCCGCGGCGGCCGCUGCCUAGUGCCCGUGUUCGCACUAGGGCGGGCGCAGGAGUUACUGCUCAUUCUAGACGAGUACUGGUCCCUCCACCCCGAGCUCCAAGACGUACCGAUCUACUACGCUUCAUCUCUGGCCAAGAAAUGUAUGGCUGUCUACCAAACAUACGUAAAUGCCAUGAACGACCGCAUUCGGAGGCAGAUCGCGGUCAACAACCCCUUCGUGUUCAGGCAUAUCUCCAACCUUAAGGGUAUCGACCAUUUCGAGGACAUCGGUCCGUGCGUGAUACUGGCGUCGCCCGGCAUGAUGCAGUCGGGGCUGUCGCGGGAACUGUUCGAGUCCUGGUGCACCGACCCCAAGAAUGGAGUCAUCAUUGCCGGUUACUGCGUCGAAGGCACACUGGCCAAGACAAUCCUUUCCGAGCCUGAAGAAGUAACAUCCAUGUCAGGCCAGAAGCUGCCACUACGGAUGUCGGUCGAUUACAUCUCCUUUUCCGCCCACACCGACUAUCAGCAGACCUCAGAAUUUAUCAACAUACUGAAACCACCGCAUGUCGUGUUAGUCCAUGGCGAGCAAAACGAGAUGUCCCGUCUAAAGGCUGCUCUACAGCGCGAGCACCGCGGCGCGCUCCAUGUGCACACACCGCGCAACACACAACAACUAUCGCUCACGUUCAGAGGGGACAAGACUGCUAAGGUGAUGGGGUCCCUGGCGGUGGAGCCCCCCGAAGAAGGGAAACAACUUCAAGGCAUAUUGGUCAAACGGAACUUCAACUACCACAUAUUGGCGCCGCAGGACCUCAAUAAAUACACGGAGCUGACGCAAUCCGAAGUGUCCCAACGACAAUCCAUCCACUACGCCGGCUCGCUGGCGCUUCUGCGGCAUGUGGUCGUGCAGGUGGCCGGCAACGUGGAGUUCGUGACGGAGACCAAGUGGCGGCUGUACCAGUGCGUCGAGCUCACGGUCGACAACGGCAUGAUCACACUAGAGUGGCAAGCGUCGCCGGUGUCGGACAUGUACGCGGACGCGCUGGUGGCGGCCAUCUUGUCGGCGUCCUCCCUCCCCACCCCGCGCGCCCUGCCGCUCGCGCCCAAGCUGGACCGCAUGCACUUCAAGGAGUGCGUGAUCGAGAUGCUGCAGGAGAUGUUCGGCGAGAACUCGGUGCCCAAGAUGUUCAAGGGCGACAAGCUGCACGUGGACGUGGCCGGCAAGCGCGCCGACAUCGACCUGGCGCACAUGGAGGUGGUGUGUUCCGAGGACGAGAACAUCGAGCGCUGCGUGCAGGCGGCCAUCAGCAAGCUGUACUCCGCGCUGGCGCCCGUGCGGCCGCCGCCGCCGCCGCCGCCCGUGUAG